UGUGACAGAUGUCACCGUGAAAUCAUAACCUAAAAUCCAUCCAGUGACAAAAUGCAAUCGAACUAUGCGACCAGCCAAUUUAAAUAAACAGUCGCGCUCGUGGAACCGGUGAACCGAAAUCGUGAGAAGUUCCGUGCUGCGGGUCAGAGAAUGUCGACCGCGACUCCAACCAGUUGCACCGAGGUCGGGCCGAAGACGAGCGACGUGUGGACCUGCACGGGGGCGGCGUGCGGCUCAUUGCUGCUCUCCGUGGCCGUCGUGCACGAUUUGCACUGGGAGACGCACAUCUCGAUAGUGCGUGGCACCGCACUCUUCCUCCUCGGCCUGGUGUUCUUCACCUGUUCGUACUAUGCGAUCAAAAUCGCCUUCGAAGCCACCAAGUCCGGACGCAGGGUGGCCAAGACGUAUAACCUGCAGGAGGCUGACAUCAUGGAAAUUAGCAACAAACAAGUUUCCGCGGUGCAGGCGCUGUUCUGUUGCAUGACCGGUGCGACAUGUAGCUGGUACUCGUGCCGCAGGAACAUGAUGAAAACCUCCCACUACAUUUCGGAGGCGUACGCAUGGUUCGGCGCCGCGUACUUCUUCUACGACAUCUGGUCCAUGUACAAAGUGCACAGGGCCAAGGUGGCCCAGAAACCGGAGAUGAACGGCAACGGCAACGCCGUGGUGAAAACCGAAAGCCUCGUCUCCAAAAUAACGUCGUACCUCAGGAAGAACGGUGUCAUCGUGUUCCAUCACCUGUUCAUCGGGAUGUUCGGGUUCUUAGUCAUAACUCACUUGCGUGGAGGAUUCGGUGAUUGUUUCUUCGGCUUCGUGUACCUGAUGGAGGCUAGCACGCCUUUCGUCUCAGUCAGAGGGAUCCUAUCCAAAAUUGGGCUGAAGGAUUCGUCUUUGUACGUCUACAACGGGAUCAUCAUGCUGAUCACCUUCUUCAUCUGCAGAGUGGCCAUGUUCCCCUACGUCAUAUACGUUUACGGACAAGCUGCAGGACUUGACUUCAUCUCUGCAAUCAAGUCGUUGCCCAGGGGUUGCCUGACCGGAAUCGCCAUCCUGCUCCUACCUCAGAUCUACUGGUUCUGGCUGAUGAUCAGGGGCGCCGUCAAGAUAAUGAUCACACCCGCCUCGCCAAAAGCCAAAACCAACUAAUCGAAUUCUAAAUCUGCCACAAGUGUCAUGAGCUUAUACCAAUAUGCAGAUGUAAUCGUAGAUAUCAAUGUAUUUUUUUAUAUCUGUCUUUUGAUAAAUGUUUUACCGGAUGGGGUGUUCGUAAAAUGCUGGAUUUCAUUAAAUCUCAAAUUUAACAGUCGUCGGAACAACGGUUGGAAAACAAAAAUUAACAGGAUUAACAAAUUAGGCGGAAUACAAUCACUUUUUUUCGUACAACAUGGGAACAUCCAUUUCUUGGGUUUGGGAAUCCCCCAUUCAGUCCAUAUUAGCUUUCACCACCCAAUGCAUUUAAACGAAUGUAUUUCCAAAUAUUUUUGCUAUAUGUGGUAUUUGACUGAUUUUUUAUAUAAAACCAGAGAUUAAAUCAAUGUAUUUGUGUAUAUAAAAUUGAUGUAGCAUUCUAUGUAUAUAGAUUAAAAGUAGAUUUUACAUAAUGGAUGCGCACCGCUUGUUCGUAACAAUGAAAACAUGCAUUUAUUAAUUAAAUUGUUUGGGUAAAAAUGUGAUUUAAAAAAAAUGUUCCUUGUUUUUCUAAAAAAUUAUGUUUUCCAAAUUGUACUCGGAAUAUAUAUUUUUAGUUUUAGAUGUUUAUAAAAAACACAAUUUAUCAGUAUUGGAUUAUUUUUUGUGCGUGUGCACAACUUGUUGAAAUAUUGUUAACCCUAUUUAUUAAUUUUUGUUAUUCAGUUUAAAUAAUAUAUUAAGCCUGACUGCUUUUUUUUAUUAUGUAUAUCCGUCUUUCAUUUACCUUGAUGUGUAAGAUAUGUCAGAAAUAUAUAUAUAUUAUAUAUUAUAUACGAAUGUUGAGCUAAUGAUUAUUUUUUCUAACGAAACUAUUUUGUGAACAAUAAAUGUAUUUUUUAAAAUAUACGGUAUACAUAAUUGUGAUGUUGACGCUCGCCAAAAAAAUAAAUGUGUAAAGCACAAUGAAAUUGAUGUAGUGUCUAUAAUUGUUAUUGACUGUGUCAAAUGUAUAAUGUACAAAUAAAAUUGACUAGUUUUCAGUAGAUGUUUCCUUUUUGCUUGUGAAUUAAUUGAAUUUGUUGUGUAAUUCGUGUUUUAGAAUUGCAAUAAAUGAAUUAGAAAAAGUUUA